AUGGGCGGGACCGAAGUCUGGAUGAGAAGUGGUGUUUAUGUGGUGCGAUUGGGAGCGGUUGAUGGGUUCAUUUUGAGUUUGUUGAGUCCACUUGGGCCCUUCCUGAAUCUUGCUUGCUUCCCCAUCUACUUGCAUGAUACCGUUACCUUUCUAAAUUUGUUUUUUUGCUUGGGGACAGAUUUAAGUGACACCUCUCCAGAUGAGGGUUUGUUAGAGGGCUUGACUAUAGAAGACAAAGCCGUGGAGCAACUGACCGAAGGAUUGCUCUCUCAUUAUUUGCCAGAUCUGCAGAGAUCCAAACAAGCCCUCCAGGAACUCACACAGAACCAAGUUGUAUUAUUAGACACACUGGAACAAGAGAUUUCAAAAUUCAAGGAAUGUCAUUCUAUGUUGGACAUUAACGCUUUGAAAAGAGCACUUAAACUGCAGCAGAAAAGGCAGAAAGAAGAGUUGGAAAGGGAGCAGCAACGAGAGAAGGAAUUUGAAAGAGAAAAGCAGUUAACUGCCAAACCAGCCAAAAGGACAUGA